AACGUAUCGAUCAGCAAGAAAAUAAGAGACGAAAAUGGUGAAGAUCCAUAUGCCGGACGACAAUUCACUGUCGAUAGAACACACUUUACAACCUAUAGUGUACACCUCUUGGUUUCUGGGCGUUGGCGUUGCACAUCCACGAAAAUAUCGCAAGAUUAUAACGAUAAUCAUACGUAUCGUUCACUUCGUCAUAUGUACACUUACUCUGACACUUUUUUCCCUUAAUGUUUUUGACCACGAUAAAUUUCAUUAUGAUGAAUUCAGUUAUAUCGUAGAAACAAUAAUAUAUUACGUGUCGGCAUAUUACUACAUUUAUCACGGAAUUAGGCACUAUGACAAGUGGCCGGAGCUAAUGGACAAAAUAAAGGACCUCGAUCAAAAGAUCAAAAGGGAAACGCACAUUAAUGAACGGCAUUUAAAGAACCUGGAAGUAGUAGCUAUUACGGCGACUUUUGUGUGCUGCACUUUAUUGCCGACUGUUUACAAUCUGUAUAACUUUUUAUAUUUAAAUGACAUUGUAGUUCAAGAAUUGUUGGCUUACUACAUGUUAGCUCAGUCGUUGAUCAACAGCUUUGUUUUUGACGUUGUCGUCUACAUAUUGUAUUACAGAUACCAAAUGAUAAAUAAGUUGUUGGGUCAGUUGGAUGAGCUGUCUGAUACGCCAGGACGGAUCGCGCUCAAGAUUAAACGCAUCAGACAGUUGCACUGCGAUAUUUGUGAUCUUGUCGUCAUGGUAAACAGUAUCCAUGGCCUUCAUCUUCUCUUUGUCUCGAUAAACUGCUUCAGCAGCGUUUCGACAGCAACGUUUUUUAUCUACAGCAAUUAUUACAAGAUAAGUUAUACUGUGUUAAAAGGUAUUUUCUUUUUGACUAUGUAUACCACACAAUUUGGUCUGAUGUGUUGGAUUUGCACACUCGCUCGUCAGGAGUUUGACAAGACCGGGGCAAUUAUAAGUACGAUUCUAUUAAAAUGCAAAUCUGUGAAUCUCGAUAAACUAAAUGGGACAAGGAAUCAAUUGAAUCUGAAGGUGCGACUGCCAAUGAAAGGCUCAGGCACCCAGCAAAGAUCUUAUUCGUGUAGCAAUCUGAAUUAUACCGUCGAAGAAAAUUUCUUGCGCAAGUAUCUGAAUCGAGAAUGGUCGAGUCAAAACCUGGACUGUGUCAGAAACGAGAUCAAUGAUUUUAAUAUUCAACUGCAACAUCGUCGUGUAGCAUUUAUCGCUUGCAAUUUCUUCGAAAUUAAUAACUCUCUAUUCAAUAAAUUUAUUGGAGUGAUUACUGCUUCUGUAGCUCUAAUGAUAAAUGUGCACUAAUGAUGGAGUACACUCUACUGUACUUUUAAACUUAGUUUUAAUCAAGUA